ACAGAGAAGACCGGAGACCACAAGAGGCUCAUCCCCCGGAUGGUUAGAACCGAAUCCGGCCGCGUUGCUAAGAUCGAGAGGUUCUCCAACUAUGUUGCAAGACACUUAGGGUUUGAAGAUGCAAAUCACGAGUGUCCUCAACUCAGCAAGUUGGUAGAUGAGUAUAUGAAGAAUUCUAAGGAAACAGAAGGAAGCAUAUACGAGUAUUUUGACAAAGCAGAACAACAACAACAACAACAAGAAGAAGAAACAGCAGAAUCCUUGUAUGUCAAGUUGUUGGAGGAGUUGGAUCGAUGCAUUCUAUCCUAUUUUGCAUACCAUUGGACUCAGGCUCCAAACAUCAUUAGCCAGGUGUUGAACGUUGACUCUGAACAGAAGAAAUGGAAGAACUUAGUAAUGGCAGCAACAAGGAAACAAAGAUUUGCAAAAGUGACAAAGGAACUAAAGAUAACAAGAAUGUUCUCAACUUUGGUGGAUGAAAUGAAAGCUAUUGGAGAAUCAAAUUGUACCGAAGUCAUGGUUCCUGUGGCUCACAGUCAGAGAAGUCCGGUCCUCCUCUUCAUGGGCGGUGGAAUGGGAGCAGGAAAAAGCACAGUCCUUAAAGACAUUAAAAAUGAGCCAUUUUGGUCUGGGGCGGCUGGGAAUGCCGUGAUGGUAGAGGCAGAUGCUUUUAAGGAGACAGAUGUUAUUUAUCAAGCUCUCAACUCUAAGGGUCACCACCAGGAUAUGCUUUCAACUUCUGAAUUGGUGCACCAGUCUUCCACAAAUGCUGCAUCAUCUCUCCUUGUCACUGCUCUCAACGAAGGGCGUGACGUGAUCAUGGACGGUACCCUCUCAUGGGAGCCAUUUGUUCAACAAACAAUAGCCAUGGUCCGUAAUGUUCAUAAAUGUCGCUACCACAUGGGGGUUGGGUAUGAAGUCAAACAAGACGGCACAAUUAUAGAGAAUUACUGGGAAGCAGAAGAAGAAAACAAAGAAGAACCGAUGAGAAAACCAUACAGAAUCGAACUUGUUGGGGUGAUAUGUGACGCAUAUUUGGCUGUCGUUAGAGGCAUAAGGAGAGCCAUACACACCGGAAGAGCAGUGAGAGUCAAGUCCCAAUUGAAAUCACACAAGAGAUUUGCAUCUGCUUUCCCUAUAUAUUGUGAGUUGGUUGACAAUGCCAGGCUUUAUUGCACCAACGGCAUGGGUGUUCCUCCAAGGUUGAUAGCAUGGAAAGACGUUGGGAGCAGACUGCUGGUUGAUCCAGAAGAGAUAAAAUGCUUGAAUUUGUUAACAACAAUGAAUGACGAAGCUGAUUCUAUUGAUGAGCUUUUUCAAGAGCCAAAUCCAUUAAUGGAUUCUGGUUCUGUAUGGAAAGACAUUGUCAUGCUUCCUUCCAGGGAUAGUGUCCAACUUAACCUCAAGUUAGCCAUUAUGAACAUUGAGAAGAUCAAGCACUAGUAAAUUAUCUACUCAAUACUAUUUUCUCUUGUUUCAUAUUAAUUAAAC